AUGGCGAGCAGACCACCCAUCAUGCCGCCUCACAAUGAGACCGAGCACUCGGUCAGCCGGAUUACUCGUGAAGGCAAACAGCUCACCUACAAAUUGAGCGUGAUGCAACAGCCGGAGCGAGCCAGAGCCUGUGGUGCAGGAGCAAAGUCAUCGGCCGACCGUCGCCCUGUUGACCCGCCGCCCGUGGUCGAACUUCGUAUCUUCGAGUCCGAUCCCAACAACGAAGCCCACCAGACCGAUAUUACCUUUGCCUACAACGCGAACUUCUUCCUCUACGCAACCUUGGAUACUGCACGCCCGAUCGCCCACGGGCGGGUAUCUGGGCCGCCAUCGUGCCCGGUCUUGACGGGUGUGCCAGUCGCCGGCAUCGCGUAUCUCGACCGUCCAUCGCAAGCGGGUUAUUUUAUCUUCCCAGAUCUAUCGGUUCGUCAUGAAGGACGCUAUCGGCUGAACUUCCACCUAUACGAAGAGAUCAAGGACGCCAAAGACGCCGAUCGAGACUCGAAUCUACCUCUGCCUAGCCAGGUUGCUCCGGUCGGUGGAGCGAAGCCAGAUUCGCCUCAAGCAUUCCUGCAUUUCCGUCUCGAGGUCAAGUCCAUCCCAUUCACCGUAUAUAGUGCGAAGAAGUUCCCGGGCCUGGCCACCAGCACCUCCCUAAGCCGCAUCAUUGCCGAGCAGGGCUGCCGUGUUCGUAUUCGUCGUGAUGUGCGCAUGAGACGCCGGGGAGACAAGCGAGAGGAGGAUUAUGAAUUCGACGAAGAACGCACCGGUGUCUACGCUCGCCCAACAGACCGAUUCUCGACACCGGAUCGCUAUGCGGCUGCGAUGGACCGUCCCCGAUCCAAUAGCAAUGGCAGCGUCGUGGAAUCGCCAUAUGGGUAUAUACCACCGGAUAGACGACCAUCCGCACCAGACUAUGGCUUCCAAUGCCCGCAACCUUACCAGAGACCCAUGCCACCUGCGCCCAUACCCCACUCACAAACACCUUCAUAUCAAUCACACCUCUCAUUUGGCUCUACGCCUACUCACUACCCGGCUCCGCACAUGCCUCCUACACCUCCGCCAGCUGUAUCCGCAGGGAUGUAUUCACCGCAACAUACAUAUGCGCAAAUUCGAAAUCAAUCAAACACCUCGGAAUACGAAGGUACACCUGGUGGGUAUCCCAUGGCGCCUCGGAUACCCGAACAACGAACGGGCUAUCCGAAGCCGUCUGUGACUUCUUACCACAUGGAACCGCCGCCUAAAGCACCAUAUUACAUGGACCCUCGCAUGGAGCCGCCAAAAGUACCGACUACCAUGGAUCUCCGUGUGGAAUCACGCACGGAAACCCGAAUGCCAGACUCAAAUCUCUACCACCCAGUGCCACAAGCAGCAGUGUCGCGUACUCAGACCCCAAGUAUGGUAUCAGCAUUACCACCAUUAAAGACCCUGCCCAAUGAAUAUGCCAACCAGCUUGUUCCCUCCGUGGAAUGCACGUCUCCCAGUUCAGGGUACGACAACGUUUCCGGGAAGCGCAUGCUAUACCAGACUGGUCCGGCAUACGGAAAGCGAUCCCACGAAGACUCAUUUGGUCUUGAUGAACGUGCUAUGCAGAAUGGGAUGCGGCCAGAUGCUGAGCCUUACCCCACAGCGUAUCGCGAUUUCGCUGCAGAGAGUAGGGCUGCAUUGAUGGCUGAAAUGGGCAUCGAAAUGUCCUACAAGCGUGCCAACGGCCGCACUGUCCAGAAAGCCCCUCCGCCCACUUGA